AAAGCGAGUGUGAGCAGUCACACACAUGGCCAUAUUUGGCAACGCUCGCGUUUUGUAACACUGUGAAUGGUGUGGUUUUUUUCGUAGUAAGGAACUGCAGAUGCUGCUUUAAACCGGAGACAGACACAAAAUGCUGGAGUAACUCAGCGGGUCGGGCAGCAUCUGUGGAGGGAAGGAAUGGGUGACGUUUCGGGUGGAGACCCUUCUGCAGGCUGGUGUGUUUUUUAGCAGGGUGGGAGCAAUGGAAAGACUACAUUUGGGGCGUUUGCAGAGGGAGGGGGAGAUGGCGGGGCGCCUGCUGGUCGCAGUGAGAGCUGCUGCGGCGAAGCUUGUUUGUGGGGAAAAGGGGAUUUCCAGCGGCGGAGGAGUGAUAUUGACUGAAGGGGCUUUCCAGUUGUCAGCCAGGAUCGCAGGGAGACAGAGAGACACAGAGAGACAGAGAGACACAGAGAGACACAGAGACAGAGAGACAGAGACAGAGGAACAGAGGAACAGAGGAAGACAGCAGCGCUGUGAAACUGACAUGGGUGAUUUCAGCAGCGCAGUGUGAGCCGGCUGUAGCUGACACCAUGGCAGCGCUCAACCCCAGCGCUUCUCGUCCACGAGUUCCCCCGCAGGAGCCGCUCCCCGCCCGGACUCCCCGCGACGUUGACCCGGCGGCGGCGGCCAGAGGAGCAGCGGAUGAGAGAGGCACUGACCACGUUCUGGGCGGCCCUAGGCCAUGGCGACGGCGAGGACCGUAGAAUCAGUGGCGCCCCCACUCUCCCUGGAGUCGCUGGUGCAGCAGGCCAACCUGGUCCAGGGGCAGGUCAAGGACAGCAAGCUCGGCAUCGAGCCCGAGGAUGGGGGCUUCACCCAGCGUUUCGUCCUCACUGUGGAAAGCAAGUACAAGUGCGAACAUUGCCGUCUCCCGCUCUGCAACCCCAAGCAAACCGAGUGUGGCCACCGCUUCUGUGGCAGCUGCAUACUGAAAAUCCUCAGGGGUCCAAAACCAGUUUGCCCACUUGAUAAUGUGGCUUUAUAUGAGACUAUGGUUUUUAAGGACAUCUGCUGUAAAAAAGAGGUUUUGGCACUUCAGAUCUACUGUAGAAAUGAACUAAAUGGCUGCACCAAACAGCUACCUCUAGGGAAGCUUGAGGCUCACUUACUUGAAUGUCCUUAUCAGGAAGUUUGCUGCGCUCGCAGGGGGUGUACAGAACAAAUUCAGCGGAAAGAUUUAGCUGACCAUUUAAAUUCCAGCUGUACAUAUCGCGAGCAAGUCUGUAAAUAUUGCAAAAAAAACGUCACCAUUGCAGAAUUAAAGAUACAUGAAGACAUUGACUGUCCAGCAUUCCCUGUCCUUUGCCCAAACAAGUGCAAUAAGUUUAUCCUGAGAGGUGAAUUAUCUCGCCACCAGUUAGAGUGUCUCAACCAGGUCAUGUCCUGUCCAUUCUCUCAGUAUGGUUGUAGUUUCCAGGGGAACAAGCAGGAGCUUAAAGUGCACGAGGGGAACGCAAUGGCCCAACAUUUAAAUUGUGCGGUCAAGAAGAACGAACAUCUGGAAAAAAUGGUUUUCGAGCUGCAGAACAAGCUGCAAGAAAAGUGUAACACGGUGGAUUUGAUGGCUGCCCAGCUAAGCCAUCUGGAGAAGGAACAAAGUAAAUCUGCACAGCUUGCUAAUAAGAACGAAAGUCGCCUUGGCCACAUGCAGAAGAUGUUAGCGAGUCAGACGGAUAAGUUGAUGACCAUUGAUCAAACCUCGCAGCAGGCUUACCAGAGGCAGGAGGAGACGGCUCGGGAUGCCAAAACUCUGCGCGAGUCUGUAGACCACCUCCAGACGCGGGUUAGACAACUGGAAUUGCCCGGCAGAGCUGCUGGUUCGGGCUCCGGGGCCACCAGCUUGACGGAGUUAAGUAACCAGCUGAAGAGGUUUGACAGUUUGCUGAGCGUGCAUGAUGUAAGGUUGGCAGAUAUGGACCUGCGCUUCCAACUCUUGGAGACGGUCAGCUACAACGGCAAACUGAUUUGGAAGAUCCGUGACUACAAGCGGCGGAAACAGGAGGCGGUCAGUGGCAAGACCUUGUCCCUGUACAGCCAGCCCUUCUACACCGGCUAUUUUGGCUACAAGAUGUGUGCCCGCGUGUACCUGAAUGGCGACGGCAUGGGCAAAGGAACCCACUUGUCCCUGUUCUUUGUUGUCAUGCGAGGGGAAUACGAUGCACUCUUACCCUGGCCCUUCAAGCAGAAGGUGACCUUGAUGUUGCUGGACCAAGGCCAGGCCGGUCGGCACCUGGGUGAUGCCUUUAAGCCCGACCCCAACAGCAGCAGCUUCAAGCAGCCGGUGGGAGAGAUGAACAUCGCCUCGGGCUGCCCCCUCUUUGUUGCACAGACGGUCUUGGAAAGUGGGACGUACAUUAAGGAUGACACUAUCUUCAUUAAAGUCGUCGUCGAUACUUCGGACUUGCCUGACCCGUGACUGGAUACCGCAGCGACUGCAAGGGGAAGAACAAGUGCCGAGCAGGAUCGGCAGUGGAGUGCCGAGCGGGGGGGCUGUUGACCCCGACACCGAUGGCAGCCGAGGACUGGGCUGCUUCACCGGUUGGCCUGAAUGCAAAGGGCCUUGUGUGUCCCGAUGAAGGGGCGUGCACUGGGACUACACCGACCACCCUCCCAUCAUUGGGGCGACUGGUCAUACUGCGGGGAACUCCAAGAGUGUCGUCGAGUCUAUGAUUGUGCUGAAGUGUGUUGGCGGGCAGUGUAGACCACCCGAUCCACGUGGGGAAAGGCCGCUGGAAUACGCCAGCUUUUGUUUGUACUCACCACCUGUAUUUAUAUCAGCACCUUCCACGGAUUAGCACCAUGUCUCCCGGGAAUGUUUCUCAAGCAGCGUUUCACACUGAGCCACUCGUCAGGGGACACGACCAAAAACUGGGGCAAAAUCAUUGUUUGUUAGCAUUACAGUCUGGGCUGAUGAGUUCAUUAGUGAUAGGAGCAGAAGUAGGCCACUCGGCCCAUCAAGUCUACUCCACCAUUCAAUCAUGGCUGAUCUAUCUCUUCCUCUCAACCCCAUUCUCCUGACUUCUCCCCCAUAACCCCUGACAUCCGUACUAAUCAAGAAUCGAUCAAUAUCUGCCUUGAAAAUACCCAUUGACCUGGCCUCUGCAGCCUUCCACAGCUUCACCGCCAAGGCCAAAAUGGGCUCUGCAUUCUUGGUUCUUCCCUCGCGAGAGUUCACAUGAGUUGCACAAAAGGGAAUCUCCAAACUUGCCACACCAUGACCUCAGGUCAUUGUCAGUAAAAUCCCCGGCUUCGGAAGGUGGGGCAAUGAGGGUGGAAAGAUGCACAGUGUCACCGUCAAACAGGUUCCUCCUGUCUCCUCAACCCAAUCCCACAAGAUUUGUCUGUCGAGUGGAAAAUGCUCACCGCACCUUGGUACAUGUCAGAACAAUAAACCUAAAUUGAAAGUAUUUUGUUCCUAUUGCGAUAAAAUGGUUAUUUAGUGCAGUAAUUAAGGAUGGAAAAUAACCUGGAGGAUUACCUGCCCUAUUGACUGUGUUUAAUCUUGGCUUAAAGUUACUAGAAGUUCAGACAAGGAGAUAGAUCUGUACUUUUACAGCAAGGUUUCGCAAUCUAAAGAUUUUAGUGUUCGUUAGAGCACUUUUGACCUGCAGUCAAUGUUGCAAUGUAGGAAGUUCAACCACACACAACAGCUUGCAACGGCUGUAACCAUCGUGUGACAAUGAUCAGAUAACUCAUUUGUGUUCAGUGGUUGAUUGAGGGUGAAAGAAUGCUGUGCUCUCGUCUGAAAUAGAGUCAGGGAUUGUUAAUCCCUCAAUGGACACAAAACUCAGGUCGAGACCCUUAGCGUCACCCAUUCCUUCUCUCCAGAGAUGCUGCCUGUCCCGUUGAGUUACUCCAGCAUUUUGUGCCGAUCUUCUCCAUUUGCCAAUGCUAACUUACAACUGAUCUUUGAUGUUAUCUCUGGUUUCCAACUAAACAUUUGAUUACACACUGAUGCUCCAAUCCUGAUUAAAGGAAUGGAUUUGUAGAUUUUUUGUAGCUCUCUAAUAUAAUUUUAAUUUUGUUCAGUGGAAAGGUUGUUAUCACAAGUGUUACCGCUGAUGCCGGUUCACUUCAAUCUCCAGACGUUUAGUACUAUAGAUGGUCACAAAAAACUCAGCUAGUCAGGCAGCAUCUCUGGAGAAAAGAAAUAGGUGACGUUUCGGGUCGGGGCACUUCAACAGACUGCAGACUAAUUUUCCACAUUUUCCACCUAAAUGCUGCUUCCCUUAUCCCAGUGGCUACAUGUUAGACUCCUUUAAAUACUGAGACCAGGAAUCUGCUGCUAAAAGGAACAGUAAAGGCUGGAUUCAGCCGGGGGAGUAGAUUUGUUGAGUGUUGGAGAAACUCGGGAUGAAUGCUGGCGUGGAAUGUAAAGCCAGGUGAACCAGUGUAAUGGUGAGGUGGUGAAUAUGUGGCAAUGAAGCGGCUGUCAGAUGCACCAAUCUCCCAGAGGUUCACAUCAAACAUCCCCACAUGCCACAGUCGUCAUUUCAAGCCCACUCAUCCUCUUCGAUAGUUCAUUUAAAUUAUUAGAAAUUGUUAUUGCAAAUGUUUACCUUAUGACUAAUGUAACCUCAGUUUGUGUUUUUAAUUUUGUGAAAAUUAUAUUAUUUAAUUGCUGGCACGUGUGUUUGGUUGACUGUGCUCGAGUGCAUACGUGUGUGGAUGGCAUUGUGUUUGUGUGGAUUCUCUUUAAUUCUUCUCGCUGGAAAGACACCAGUGGAGUGACGUUCUUUUGUAAGAGCUUCUUUCAGUGUCUGUUUGUUGAAACUUUGUUUUGUCACCGGUUCAUCGAUGAAUUGAUGUGUUUGAGAAGCCACGAGAUUUCUGUUGCGUUCUGGACUAAUCCCAUUUCAAUAAAUACAGUCAUACCUCAGAAA